UCUGCUUCACUCUCCUCUCCAGUCUAAACACUGGCAGUCCACACACAGACACACAGGUGUCCGACAGCAUGAAGUGCCUGAACAACCGGGCUGACAGCCACCUGACCGGGCAGGUAGAGUUGGACAGUGUGGGCAACGGAGCCUGGGUGAACCAUGGCUACUGUGGCUCCCCUCCACCCCUGCCCCGAGCUGUCAGCACCAUCUACAACCCACAGCCCCUCUUCCAGGGCUCCAUGGACAGCAUAUACAAACUGGACAGCCCCGGGCCAUUUCCAGAGGAGCCACCAUCCACUGACCAAAGCCUGGUGAAAAAACAAAGAGGCUGCUGCUCUUUUAUCAAAGGUUUCUGGGGCACAACACUGACUGAAAACACCUCAAACAACAGGGAGCUGUUUGUACGAACCACGCUACGGGAGUUAAUUGUUUAUCUGGUGUUCCUGUUGGAUAUAUGCCUCCUGACGUAUGGUAUGACCAGCUCGAGCACCUACUACUACACUAAAGCCAUGACGGACCUGUUUGUGAAUACAGCCGGUGAGAGUGGGGUUAGGUUUCAGUCUAUUAGCACCAUGGCCGACUUCUGGACUUAUGCUCAGGGCCCAUUGCUGGAUGGACUCUACUGGACUAAGUGGUACAAUAACCAGUCACUGGACAGCGGAAACCAGUCCUUCAUCUACUACGAGAACAUGCUGCUGGGAGUCCCCAGAAUGAGGCAGAUCAAGAUCGUGAACAACUCCUGCAAGGUCCACAACGACUUUCAAGAAGAGAUCAUAGGGUGUUAUGAUGUUUACAAUGACAAGAAGGAGGAUGACCUCAGCUUCGGUCUCAUCAACGGCACUGCCUGGACCUACCACACAGAGAAGGAAGUCAAAGGUUCCUCUCACUGGGGCUUGCUGACCACAUACAGUGGAGCGGGAUACUACCAAGACCUGAGUCUCACCAAAGAGGAGAGUGCCAACACCCUGAAGGAACUGGUGGACAACCUGUGGCUUGACCGAGGAACCAGAGCAGUCUUCGUUGACUUCUCCACUUACAAUGCAAACAUCAACAUGUUCUGUGUCAUCAGGUUGCUGGCUGAAUUCCCAGCAACUGGUGGGGCGAUCCCUUCCUACCAGAUAAGAACAGUCAAACUGAUCCGCUACAUCACCUACUGGGAUUUCUUCAUCCUCGGCUGUGAGAUGGUCUUCUGUUUAUUCAUCAUCUAUUAUGUGGUGGAGGAGAUUCUUGAGCUGCGAAUACACAAGCUCUCCUAUUUCAAAAGCAUCUGGAACAUACUGGAUAUUGUUGUCAUAAUGCUCGCUAUCGUUGCCAUUGUAUUCAAUAUUUUCCGAACCAUCAAAGUGGACAACUUGCUUGGCAAACUUCUGGAACACCCUGGUAUCUACGCUGAUUUUGAAUUUCUGGCCUUCUGGCAAACACAGUACAACAACAUGAAUGCAGUGAACUUGUUCUUUGCAUGGAUCAAGAUUUUCAAGUACAUUAGUUUUAACAAGACCAUGACUCAACUGUCCUCAACACUGGGUCGAUGUGCUAAAGAUAUCUUGGGUUUCGCCAUCAUGUUCUUCAUCGUAUUCUUUGCCUAUGCCCAACUUGGAUACUUGCUCUUUGGGACAGAGGUUGAAUCUUUCAGCACCUUCAUCAAGUGCAUCUUCACACAGUUCAGGAUUAUUCUUGGGGACUUUGAUUAUGAUGCCAUCGACCGUGCGAAUAGAGUUCUUGGGCCAAUCUACUUUCUCACCUAUGUGUUCUUUGUUUUCUUUGUUCUACUGAACAUGUUUCUGGCCAUCAUAAAUGACACAUAUUCUGAGGUUAAGGAGGAGCUCUCAUCCCAACAAGAUGAGCUACAGAUUACUGACAUCAUCAAACAGAGCUAUAUGAAGACAUUUACGAAGUUGAAACUCAAAAAGGAGAAAAUAUCAGAUGUUCAGAAAGCACUACGAUCUGGAUCUGGAGAAAUUGAAUUCAAGGACUUCAGAGAAACUCUGAAAGAGAUGGGACAUGCUGAUCAUGAAAUUUCUGCGGCCUUCUCACGGUUUGACCGUGAUGGGAACCAAAUUCUAGACGAAGGCGAACAAGAGAGGAUGAAGAUUGAGCUGGAGGAAAAGAGGGAUGCUCUUUGCGCUGAACUCAACAAUCUUGGAAUGAAUUAUGAGAAAGAAUUACUAGAGAAGCCUCCUGUAACAUCAAAUGAGCAGAGGAACCACUCCAGUCACACCUUAACGGAUCGGGAACAGUUUCUGAGACUGGCCAGACAGGUUCUCCACCUUGAAAGCUCUGUGGCAGGCAUCACAUCCAGGAUUGAUUUGAUUAUGGAGAAACUGGGAUUACAAGAAAAAGCUAAAGGGAACGAAAUGGCAAGGAAACUGACUGUGACCAGUGAUGAUAGUGAUGACACUGCCUCAGAUGGGGGCAUCCUGGUUUGUGUGGACAGGGGGACGAAGGCUGAGACGUCAUCAAGGAGACCAGCAGUUCGCACCAACUCCACAUAUGACUGUCAUAUGUGAUUAACCUCUGAGAAACAGAGUCAUGGGUUAUCUGGAAGUCAGCUGACACGAGGAUAAACGAGUCGCAUGUCAACAAUGUUCUGUGCAUCACAAGUUUCCAAAGUCUGUUCAAUAAACAAUUCUUCAGGUAGAAAACCACAAGUAGGCGCUCAGAUCAAACUACAGACGGUAUGACAGCAAUAUCGUGCACUUUGCUUUAACUACUCAUUUAUUACAGCUACUCAUUUCAUGGAAAUAUGUAAAUACUGUAUAAAUAAAUUCUGAAAAUUGAUGCUUACUAGGUAACUGCACUAGAGCUUUAAUAAAACAAACUGGUUCAAGUUUAAGCUCAGAUAUGUAGAAGACUACAAUGUAUGUUGUAGAUGAGCACUGAAUGUAAAUCUACAUAUUAGUAGUGUUGUGUAAUAUACAUUUAUUUCAACAGUAGGUUAGGAAAAUAAAGUUACGCAACAUAAUCCGAUGUAACAUCUGAAUGAAUGCUUACUUUGUUUUAGUAAUGUGAUGUUUAUGAAUGUUCAAGUUCUAUUACAGUUGUUUAAAAAUCAUCAGCGCCCUGACUUGCUUGCAGUUUAGUAUGUCUAUAAAAUAAUUCCCUAAUUAUGUUUAUGGAAUCCAUGGUACAAUAAUUAUUGAUCACCUCAAAAUAUAUUUAAAUUAAAUACAGAAUAAUUGGAUCUGUGACCUAUUAUCCCAGUGGACAAGAUGUUUUUUUUGUUGUUGUUGUUUUUAAAAAAAAAAAACAAACAAAAAACAUUUGGUGAUCUUAAUUCAGGUUUCAUACAUCCCACCAUAACUGCAAAACAAAAAAGUUUUUGAGCAAAUGUAUAUAAAAUACAUGCUGCCUAGUGUAUUUAACUUUCAGAUGGUACAAAUGUCAGAAUCUCA